UGUCUUUGUUUACAGUAGGUUUCAUUUCUCGUCUUUCCAUAGACUGAUUUAAUUACGCUACAUUUUCUUCUCAUAAUCGCGUAAUCAGCGAGGUGAAGUGGUUGUCGUUAUUUUGCUAUCUCGCCUCGACACUCUCUCUUCCUCGUUGAAGUUGUACGUGGUAUCAGGUCGUGUAACAGUGUAAUCCAACGGUGGUGCGUACGUGCGAUUAGCGGAUAGGGCGUUUGAAUUCCGUCGUGGUGCAAGAUCUUACGAGAGAGUAGCUUAAUUGAUUUACCACCUUCGGAACAAUGCAACGUAGAAGAGUUUUAGGAAAGCGUAUGUUUGGUGAGCUUGCUUCGAACGGAUUCGUAGCGAAGCGCACACGAUCUGAUCAAGAAGUUCCAUCGAUGGAGGAAGACGCUUCUGCACUGCCACCGACCACAGCUGCUGGAACCAGUAGCAGUGGAUUAGUGAGACGUCCUAACAGAGAAAUCCUAGCCAAAGUUCCCCGUUUUGGAACCCCCGUCGAAAGAAAUCGUGUCAGAACGGCAGGCCCGUACGUGAUAGGGCAUGAGUUGGGUACCAGCCCUGGAGUGCCACAGACGCAGUAUCUGGCUCGAAAGGAAAACACUAACGAGUUUUACUUGCUGAAGAUUCUAAGUUAUGAUAUCGGAACCGAGUUGACCAAUAAAGAGACGCAGCAGGGAAAAACACUGUUGCAUACGGAAUAUACUCUACUUUCACUGUUGGCUGAUCUCGAUGGAGUUAUUCAUCAUCAUGGACUGUUUUGUGAUUACGCUCUGGAAGAAAAACAGAUCGAAACACCCGAUCUAUACCAGCAACGAAUCUACACGGGCCGACUGAAGCGUCGUCUUAUUCUGGUGUUGGACUGUGUUCAUUCCCACGAAUUCUGUGAGCGUUCGAUGGCUUAUGUAAACCUACAGAAAUAUGUGCAGACGCAUAAGUUUACCGAAAUCGAAGCGCUGAUGGUUUUCUAUGAAAUCGUCAAAGUAGUAGAACAGCUUCAUCAGCGAAAUGUCAUCCAUCGGGAUUUGAAACUAAACAACAUCGUACUGAACAGACGCACCAAUAAGAUUGUGAUAACCAAUUUCUUCCUGGCGAAACAUCUCAACAGCGAGGACGACAAUCUGUUCGACCAGCGUGGGAGUCCGGCGUACAUUUCUCCCGAUGUACUGGGUGGCAAACCGUACAAGGGUAAACCAUCGGACGUUUGGGCCCUUGGGGUGAUCCUCUACACGAUAAUAUACGGCAAAUUUCCGUUUCUGGAUACAACACCGACAGCGCUGUUCAAAAAAAUUCGACAGGCGGAUUAUAUGAUACCGAUUGACACCAAAACCAGUUCCCUGACGAUCCAAUUGAUUAAGUCCAUGCUUACACUGAACCCAUCGGAACGAUUCACUGCCACCGAGGUUCGUAUGGAACUGGAACGAUCGAUCAUAAGCCUACGGGGACCAAGAAUCGAGAUCGAUCAAAUCGUGCCAGAAGUUGAAGAUCUCGAUCAAGCGGCCGAUGAGCGGAAAAAACCUAGUCGUCAGAGUAGUGAUAACAAACCGACCUACCCGAGCCAUGAAUUGUCGCGCGAAUCGUUCACUCGCGUGCUCGAGUCCGGGGUCCAUCGUGAAAACGAGAGUUUUCUGAGACCACGAUCUCUCGUUACGAGAAUCAAUUCAAGCCGAAAUAAUUCUACGGUUUUGCGCGGGUUAUCGACUGGAGGAAACCGACUAACGGUGUUUGGGAGCAGUCCAAGAAGUUCAAUUUCAAGUGGCAUUCCUAUCGGAAUAAACCGACCAACAAGUGCAAGUGAAGAUUUCGUUGUGCGAACCUCAAGACCUGAACUGGUGCAGGUCCGUCUCGCUCCUAUUCAAAAUACCACUGGUGACAGUCUCAUCGCUACGGCCAACCUUGGCCACAUGCAAUCAUCGAGUACCAAUCAAUCCCGACACCCCGUGGUCGUACACAUGGACGCCCAAGCGUUGAGUAAUGUCAUCAACUUCCAAACUUCGAAUCCAUCACCCAAUCCGAUUCAAUCUGCAGCACCGGUGGCACCACCACCACCAUUACCUGCGUCACUGUCGUUGCAGAACUCGGAUGUACAAAAUCUCUUUGCGGCCAUGAAUGACAUGUUUGCUCGUGGCCGCAUGCCACCUCCCUGGCGUGAUGAUAUACCCGAAUUUCAAGGAAUAAUCACCCUUGAAAUGGCACACAGAAUCAUAGUUUGGCUGUUGAUCAACUUCCGGAAUCAUGCCGUGAUUCGGGACAUUUUUAGUAGCACUUCCCGUAACAAAGUGAAUAUCGUGCUGGAGUUGCUGCGAAGGUUUGGCGUGCAGAUGGAAACCAGAAAUGGUGACACUGUGAUCAAGGUGGAGCAAACCAUGAACAUUCUGAUAUUUAUGACGUACCUGUUGCAAGUGGCCGGAAUGAAUAAUAAUUACUUUCUCAAUUCUUACUGAUUGAAUAACCAGUGGCCGUACCGAACUUUUUUUUACACAAUGUGUAAAUAACAAACGCAACGUCACGAAAGGGUGAGAUGGGUUGACACAGUUCACAUUGAAUUGUUUUGUAUAUAAAUGUGGAAGAAGAUAGGUUCAUUAUUAUCGAACACGUGUAUUUAACUUUCAAGAAUUCAAGAUUUUUUACUUCGAUACAAUUUCGCUGAUUGCAUACAAAGUUUUUCUCUUGCGGCUGUGUGUUGUCAAGUGUCAUACUCUCAAUUGACAAUAUUCACAGAAUGUGUGUCCAAAAGGGUUCGAAUAUUAGCAUAUUUUUCGGUUGCUAAAUACUCUCUUCUAUGCGGUUUUGAAUUUCGAUGUCACUUUUCCAAUAGUGCACAGCAGAGCUUAUUUUCUUCAUUGAAUUUCCAGCUUGACAGUUUACUAGGACCAUUGUUUAUAGAUUUACGUUAAAAUUUUAUCUGUUUGAUAUUACCAAAACAUUUUGCCGAAUAUUUUUGCAAGAGAUGAUUAACGAAUUCGAAGCGUAUAUGCGACCCUCCAUGAUGUGCUGUACUUUAUAUUGAAGUUGAAUUAUAUUGAGUUAUGUGAAAUAUUAUUGGUUGUAUUGAACUUCUCUUAAAAUAAACA